UUAUUUUUUGGUAAAUUGUGCUUUCAACCAAAAUUCAAAUACCGCGCCAUGAGGAGAUGUGGCAGCUAUGUGCGCGUCGUCACUGCAGUAUAUAAAUAGGCGCGCAGUGCGGCCAUUCUUUCCUUCCCUUCAACGAGACGACAUGUCUCACCGCAAGUUUAGCGCCCCUCGCCAUGGGUCUAUGGCCUUCUACCCCAAGAAGCGGUCGAGCCGCCACCGCCCCAAGGUGAAGGCUUUCCCUAAGGAUGACCGCACCAAGCCUAUCCAUUUGACUGCCUUUUUGGGCUACAAGGCUGGCAUGACUCAUGUUGUGCGUGUAGCAGACAAGCCAGGGUCAAAAAUUAACCGCAAGGAGGUUGUAGAGGGAGUGACCAUCCUUGAGACACCUCCUAUGGUCUGUGUUGGUGUGGUGGGAUACAUUAACACUCCAAGGGGCAUGCGUGCCUUCAAGACUGUUUGGGCUGAACAUCUUUCUGAGGAGUGUAAGAGGCGCUUCUACAAGAACUGGCACAAGUCUAAGAAGAAGGCCUUCACCAAUGCUACCCAGAAGUGGCAAGACCAAGUGGGCAAGAAAGUCAUUGAGAAGGAUCUUGCCAAGAUGAAAAAGUAUUGCAGUGCUGUUCGCAUCAUUGCCCACACUCAGAUCAAGAUUUUGAAGAAGAGGCAGAAAAAGGCCCACAUAAUGGAAAUUCAGCUGAAUGGUGGAACCAUUGCUGACAAGAUCGAUUGGGCCGUUUCCCACUUUGAAAAGCAGAUUCCUGUGGAAAAUGUCUUUGGUCAAGACGAGAUGGUGGAUGUUAUUGGUGUUACAAAGGGAAAGGGAGUCAAGGGUGUGACUUCUCGAUGGCAUACCAAGAAACUGCCCCGCAAGACUCACAAGGGUCUGCGCAAGGUUGCUUGUAUUGGUGCCUGGCAUCCUAGCCGUGUCCAGUUUACGGUUGCCAGGGCUGGUCAGAAGGGCUACCAUCACCGUACUGAGAUGAACAAGAAGAUCUACCGCAUUGGAAAGGGUGUCCAUACCAAGGAUGGAAAGGUGGUGAAGAAUAAUGCUUCCACUGAGUAUGACUUUACUGAGAAGACUAUCACCCCAAUGGGUGGCUUCCCACACUAUGGUGAGGUUAACCAGGACUUUGUCAUGAUCAAGGGAUGUUGUGCUGGACCCAAGAAGAGGGUAGUCUGCCUCAGGAAGUCCCUACUGGUCCAGACAAAGCGUGUUGCCCUGGAGAAGAUUGACCUGCACUUCAUUGAUACCAGCAGCAAGAUGGGUCAUGGUCGCUUCCAGACCAGUGCUGAGAAGUCUGCCUUCAUGGGUCCCCUCAAGAAGGACAAAAAGAAGUUGCUCCAGCAAUAAACUACUGUUGGAUA